GGAGUCUGGCUUCGGGAAAGUUUUAGAGGAAACUUAUCUGAAGUGGGUUCAAUAUAAACAAGACUGUAUCAAAAUGAUGAAAAAUGAGCCACUACCUCAAGAAGGCUUGUUUUGCAACAGGACAUUUGACAGAUAUGCCUGCUGGCCAGAUACCCCUGCAGGCUUGAUGGUCAACAUUUCAUGUCCUUUCUACCUGCCCUGGUUUGAGAAAGUGUCUCAGGGAUCUGUGCGUAGGCGAUGUGGUUUCAAUGGACUCUGGGAGACAGACGGAAGCGGGAAUGUGUGGAGGGACAUCAGCGAGUGUGAGCAAGAAAAAGAGGUGGCGUCUCAGGAGCUUUGGCUCAAACAGCUGAUGGUGGGCUUCAGGACAUUGUACACUGUCGGCUAUUCCUUGUCUCUGUCCACGCUUUUAUUGGCUCUAAUCAUUAUCCUGAGCUUUAGGAAACUGCACUGUACCAGAAAUUACAUCCACGCCAACCUGUUUCUGUCCUUCAUCCUGCGGGCUGUGGCCGUCAUUGUAAAGGACACUAUGCUGGAUCGCCACUUUGGGAGAGAAAUUGUCAAUGAUGUCGAUGUAACUGCAAUGCUCAGUCAUCAGGCUACUAUCGGCUGCCGGAUUGCUCAGGUUAUGAUGCAGUACUGCGUCUUGGCCAAUCACUACUGGUUCUUUGGAGAAGCAAUAUAUUUGUACUCUGUUCUCAUUUCCUGUGUGUUCAUUGACAACAACAAAUACCUGCCCUACCUCUGUCUUGGCUGGGGUACCCCUCUCCUGUUUGUGGUACCCUGGGUGGUGAUGAAGGUACAAAAGGAAAACAAAGAAUGUUGGGCCGUUAAUGAGAACAUGAACUACUGGUGGAUCAUUCGCUUUCCAGUUCUUACAGCCUCGCUCAUCAACUUUUUGAUUUUCAUGAAGAUCCUGGGGGUAAUAUUUUCCAAACUACGAGCCAACAUCCAAAGUCGAUAUCCAGAUUAUAAACUGCGGCUUGCCAAGGCAACCCUCACCCUCAUUCCUCUGUUUGGAAUUCAUGAGGUGAUUUUCAUCUUUGCCACAGAUGAGCAGACAACAGGGGUUCUACGCUACAUAAAAGUGUUCUUUACUCUAUUUAUCAGUUCAUUUCAGGGCUUACUGGUGUCUGUGCUCUACUGCUACGCAAACAAAGAGGUGCAGACAGAGCUAAUGAGGAAGUUUCGCAGCUGGAGAACAGAGACAGACAUUUUAGUACAGUGACUAGCUGGGCUUGACCCUCGAGUUGAAACUUUUUCCAUCGCUACGGUCCAAGAUCGCAACAGGUCCUCUAUAUCCCCAACCAGGGCAAUGCCUGACAAUUCCCCAACUCCAGACAACUCACAGGUUUUUGGACGCUGUGAUAGGACGAUUUCUCCACCAGCAGAUGGUUUGGUCGAGCAACCUUCACUAGCAGGAAGUGAAGGACAA